AUGCAGAAGUGUCGGUCCAUUAAUCCUGCCCUGGGGUCGCGGGCCUUUGUCCCCGCCCCGCGGGUGCAGGUUCAGUUCCAGCGCCGCAACCUCCAGGAUGUCGCCAUCACUCGCACCGGAAAGCCCGUUCUCAAGGUCCAGGGUGGCCGCUCGUCUCUCGGAGGCCAUACCGCGACUGUCUUCGGUGCCACUGGUUUCCUGGGUCGUUAUAUUGUCAACAAGCUCGCUAAGCAGGGAUGCAAUGUGGUGGUCCCCUACCGUGAAGAGAUGACCAAGCGUCACCUGAAGGUGACUGGUGAUCUCGGUCGUAUUACUUUUAUGGAAUACGACCUGCGCAACACCCAGUCCAUCGAGGAGAGUGUUCGUCACUCCGAUGUUGUCUACAACUUGACUGGUCGCCAGUACCCUACCAAGAACUUCACCUAUGCUGAUGUGCACGUUGACGGUGCGGAGCGCAUCGCGGAGGCUGUCGCCAAGUACGAUGUGGACCGCUUCAUCCACGUUUCUUCCUAUAACGCCCGCCGUGACUCGUCUUCUGAGUUCUUUGCCACUAAGGCCUGGGGUGAGGAGAUCGUCCGGUCCAUUUACCCUGAGACCACCAUCGUGCGCCCUGCCCCGAUGUUUGGCUUCGAGGACAACCUGCUCCACAAGCUUGCUAGCGCGUCCAACUUGUUCACUGCCAACCACAUGCAGGAGCGCUACUGGCCCGUCCACGCCAUCGACGUUGGCGCCGCCCUUGAGAAGAUGCUGCAUGAUGACAGCACCGUGGGUCAGACUUUCGAGCUUUACGGCCCCAAGAACUACUCGACCGCCGAGAUUGCCGAGCUGGUGGACCGUGAAAUUGUCAAGAAGCGCACCCACAUCAAUGUCCCCAAGGCUAUCCUCAAGCCUUUCGCCUUCUAUCUGAACAAGUAUCUGUGGUGGCACACCAUCUCCGCCGACGAGGUCGAGCGCGAGUUCCUGAACCAGGAGAUUGACACCAGCGCUAAGACCUUCAAGGAUCUGGGCAUGGAGGAGACUGCCGACCUGGCCGACCUGACCUUCCACUACUUGCAAGGAUACCGUAGCGCUUCAUACUACGAUCUUCCCCCGGCCACCGAGCGUGAGCAACGCGAGGAGAAGAAGUAUCUGCAUGUGCUGGACGACCAGUAG